GUUUGUGCGGCUCUUUUAAAUCUGAAGAUUAGGGUGAGUGGCUUCUGGGGAAGUGUCAUCUUUCCUUUCUCCCCUCACACUCUUGAGAGCUGGACCACUGAAGGUGUACCUCAUGGGUUCAGAUGAGGCCUACAACUUUGUCUUUAAGGUGGUUCUCAUAGGUGAGUCCGGCGUUGGCAAGAGCAACCUGCUCUCCCGCUUCACCAAGAACGAGUUCAACCACGACAGCCGCACCACCAUCGGGGUGGAGUUCAGCACACGCACAAUUCAACUGAAAAGUCUCAUAAUUAAGGCUCAAAUCUGGGACACGGCUGGGCUGGAGCGGUACAGGGCCAUCACCUCUGCUUAUUAUAGAGGAGCUGUCGGAGCGCUAUUGGUCUAUGACAUCACCAAGCAUCUGACCUAUGAGAGUGUGGAGCGCUGGCUUAAGGAGCUAUAUGACCAUGCAGACCCUCACAUCGUAGUCAUGCUGGUGGGCAACAAAACUGAUCUGGGGUCAGAGCGAUCAGUGCCCACUGAGGAUGCCAAGGACUUUGCAGAAAAGAAUGGCCUAUUGUUCUUAGAGACAUCAGCCUUGGAGUCCACAAACGUUGAGACUGCAUUCCAAAAUGUCCUUGGAGAGAUUCACAGGAAGGUGAGCAGUAAAGAGGUGACCCGGGGGUCCAUUAGUGCCGUGUCUCUGGCCAGCCCCGUCCCCAGAGCUGCAGGCGACCCUGAAGAGAAGAAGCCCUGCUGUAGGAACCUCUGAUGGGACAAACCACCCCCUCAUGUGGAAUAGAGCACUCCAUCUUCCUCUAGUUAGUGUGCCCAAAGGGUGCAAGCCUGAUUGAAAAGAAUGAUGCUGAGCAAGACCACUCUGAUGUGACAUAGUUACAUGUUGGCAGACAGAAUGAGGUUUCCAUUCCUAAAGAUGAUGUAAUGUGUAUGUACAUGGCUGGGGGUACAUUUUACCCCCAAAGAAUCCAGCAAUCAUUUGAAUAUAAAAAUAUAUCAAACAGCUUUUUUUGUGUAAACUUCUAAGAUUCAACGUUGCUUAGGAUGAUUUUAUUUUUAAAGGUAGUCAACUGAUGUACAGAAUAUUUGCAUUUUUAGUGACUGAGGUUGGACAACAAGUGCCAAAACCAUGUUUUUACACAAAGCUUGAUUUAAUUAAAUUUGCUGUCACUGUU